AUGAUAGCAAUAGCAAUGGUAGUGAUUAAUCUGAUAAAAGAUUUGUGGCGGGGUCUCCAUUUCGUUCUAUCGAUUCAAUUCUGGAGAAUGGCGUUGCUAUGGACACUUUCUGUUCUAUUUUCUCACUUUCAAUUGCUUAAGGAUUCGCUCUUUUCUCACAAAAUCGUAUAUCCCAGAUGUUCAUCUUCCAUGUUUCCUAAUACUCCCGUUUGCGUCAUAACCGGUGCAACAUCUGGUUUGGGAUUUUCUACUGCAUGCAAGAUUUCCAAGGAAGGAUUUCUUGUUGUCAUUGUUGGAAGAUCAGAGAAGUUGUUAUCAGAGACCGUUAGAAAGAUCAAAGAUUUGAAUGAGGAUGCCCAACUCAAAGCUUUUCAGGCUGAUCUUUCAUCGGUUGAGUCUAUUAUAAAGUUCAAAAAUUCUCUGAGGCAGUGGCUUUUGGAUUCCAAUUUGCACUGCUCGGUGCAAAUACUAAUAAACAAUGCUGGAAUACUUGCUACAUCUCCUAGAGUCACGGCUGAGGGAUACGAUCAGAUGAUCGGCACAAAUUAUGUUGGCGCAUUUGUUUUGACCAAGCUUCUAUUACCACUUCUUGAAAACAGUCCUGUGUCUUCCAAAAUUGUGAACGUAACAUCGUUUACUCACCGAGCUGUUACUAAUAUGCAGGUUGAUGAGGGAGCUGUAUCUGGAAAGAAAUUUUUAAGUUCAAAGCAUUAUCGAUAUGCUCAGGUCUAUGAGUACUCAAAACUAUGUGUACUUCUCUUCUCAUUUGAGCUCCACCGACAGCUUACCCAAAUGGGUAAAUCUCAUCAGAUAUUUGUCAAUGUUGCAGAUCCUGGAAUUGUAAAAACAAACAUCAUGCGAGAAGUUCCAGCAUGCUUGUCUUGGUUGGCAUACUUUAUCCUGAAACGCCUACGCCUAUUGCAAUCCCCUGACUGCGGGAAAGAUCCGAUUAUUGAUGCUGCUUUUGCAUAUCCUGGAACAUCAGGAGCUUACUUUUUUGGGGGGAAAGGUAGAACUAUAAACCCUUCAGCACUUUCACGAAACGCCAAAAUAGCACACGAGCUUUGGGAAACUACAUGCAAUAUGCUAUUGGUGACUCCCUUUGGUAAUGAGAGAAACAGUUUUUAA